UGGGUAUCAUGAAAAUCCAAUCCGACUUGAUUCCUUGACACCCCCUAUCUAUAAUUAGUGUCAAUUCAUAUCAACCGAAAAUAAUUGCAAUUUUGAUUCUAAAUGUCGAAUAACUGAAGUGGCGGUGAAAAAAUGUGUUGAUUUCUCUAUAAUCCGCGUCGUGUUUGUGGGCCCCCGCUGUAUAGCGUUCGCUGAAACCGUUGCCUGCUUUCAUGUGAGCCACACGUGCCUCAUCUGCGCGCGCAAAUCCAACAGAAACUUCUGAUCACAGGGAGGGAACUGAGGAGAAAGAGCCCCAACGGCCAUGGCGACGGCGACGGCGACGGCUUGCUUUCUCUCUCCUCCCGCCACACGCUCUCCCAAGUUCACCUGCUCGUCCACGCUCGCCACCCAGCCGGACUCCGCCAAGAAGCGCCUCCUCUCCCUCAUCGCCGACCAGGACCGCGGCCUCCGGACCCAGCGGGACCCCGCCGCCCUCUCCUCCAUCGUCGCGGCCAUCGACGCCGUCGCCGCCCUCGGCCGCGGCGCCGUCACCACCGGCCCCUCCCUCUCCGCCACGUGGCGGCUGCUCUGGACAACCGAGAAGGAGCAGCUGUACAUCAUCGAGAACGCCCGGUGGUUCGGCACGGCCGCGGGGGACGUGCUCCAGGUGAUCGACGUGGAGAAGAAGGCCCUCAACAACGUCAUCACGUUCCCUCCGGACGGGGUCUUCUUCGUCCGCUCCGGCAUCGAGAUCGCUUCUCCGCAGAGGGUGAAUUUUAGAUUUACUAGCGCUGUGCUACGAGGAAGGAGCUGGGAGAUUCCACUUCCUCCUUUUGGCCAGGGUUGGUUUGAGAAUGUUUACCUUGAUGAUGAGAUUCGAGUUGCAAAGGAUAUCCGGGGAGACUAUUUAAUAGUCGAGCGUGCUCCUUAUGACUGGAAAGAAUAAAGAACAAUGCUAUUCAUUGCCUUGUGGAGUCCCGUGAAUCCACUUAUGGACUAGGGGGAGUCCCUCUCCCUAAGCGGAGGGCAAUAAUGAGGUUGACAAAUCAAGACAUCGUCUAUCUUCAUCACCCUGCAAAAAAAAGGCUCAGUACAUUGUAUCGAAGGGAAAGGGCCUGCCGGUUUCCGUCUCUGUAGCAACAUAGUGCCGGGGUGGUGCUGAUUUUUUGUUGUUGUGAAAUAGUAGUGUAGUCUUUUGAAGAUGUCAAAAUGAGGUAAAUAUUGCUAUAUACACAUUUUUUUAUAACAGUUUCUUAUAUGAAAUUUGUUUCGUUUAUGCUGUAAGUUCUGUCAAUGUCGGCCUUGGCAUCAAGGACACUUCUGUAAAUGUUGGCUUUAGCCUCAACGAUACUUCUCUGACUGUUGUCUUUUCAAGUGGUUCGAAUGCUGGCUAUCUGAGAGGCAGUAUGCUUUCAUUGCUGAUUUCUCGUUCACUAGCA